AUGAGUAAACACAAAGAAACCCCCCAAGUGUCAACGGCCGGAGGGUUUGUGGCCGGAGCAUUAGCGGCAUGUGGUGCCGUGACCUUCACCAAUCCUAUAGAGCUUAUCAAAACCAGAAUGCAAUUACAAGGAGAAUUGACUAAGGUUGACAAAAAUGCCGUCAAGAUUUACAAAAACCCAUUCCAAGCCUUUGGUGUUAUAUAUAAGAACGAAGGGCUUCGGGGCUUACAAAAAGGGCUUGUGGCCGGAUACUUCUAUCAGAUUGGAUUGAACGGAUGUAGAUUUGGCUUCUACGAACCAGCAAGAUACAACUUGACCAAAUUGUUCAAUCCAACUGCACUUAAAGAAGGUGAAAAAGCUCCUCAAAGCUUGGGGAUUAACGUGGCGGCCGGGUUCAUCUCGGGGACGGCAGGGGCUACUAUUGCUAACCCAUUGUUUUUGGUGAAAACCAGAAUGCAGUCAUAUAGUGCUGUUAAGAAUGCUAGUGGUCAAUCGGUGGCCGUUGGUCAACAAACUUUCUACAGAUCGCCAUUUGAAGGUUUGAAGAAAAUCUUCAAGGCCGAAGGUAUAAAGGGGUUGUUUAGAGGUGUAGAUGCCGCUAUUUUGAGAACCGGUGCCGGGUCUUCAACUCAACUUCCAUCUUAUUUCUAUGCGAAAAGCUUGGUGAUUGACAAUCAUAUUGUUGCGGAAGACUCGAUUUUGGUUCAUUUAAUUGCUUCCUCGGUGGCUGGUUUGGCAGUAGCUGUGAUGAUGAACCCAUGGGAUGUCGUACUUACCCGAGUAUACAACCAGAAGGGAGAUCUUUAUAGUGGAGUAGGUGAUUGUAUUGUCAAGACCGUGAAAACAGAGGGAAUAACAGCAUUUUAUAAAGGAUUCUGGGCACAAUUAUUCAGAAUCGGACCUCAUUCGAUCUUGUCCUUGAUGUUUAUGGAGCAGUCGGUCAAGUUAGUGGCUCAAUUAGAAUCGUACUUGUAG